GGUAGUUGUCAAGGAUGGCAAUCAGGCAUCUCAGUGACACUUCGGAGUAAAGUUGUUCAGCUGGUACAGGCUACCCCCUAGUUGGUAUUGAAGACUUCAUAGGGCUCAUAGUUUUCAGCCUUUGCUUAGAGUUGGGGUACAUAGUUUCUAUGAUCUUCACUCCCAUUUUGCCUCAGUCCCUGAUCAAUCUGUGUCCGUGGUUUAUUUUUCCAACUUCCUACUUAAAAACUUAUUUUUUAGCUACCAUACAUUAAAUGUGAGUGAAAAUACCAUAUGAAUGUUAUUAAUUGCUAUACAGAUAUGCCCUUCAUGCCAAAAUUUGGGUGAAAGAAAAUUUUUAAACAGAACAGUUUGGUCAAAAUUCAUAUAUUAAAACCAAAUCAAAUUUUAGGUUGUCCCAAGUAAUCCUCCAUUAUUAGUCAUUUUUGUUAUUGGCCAUUUACAUGGUUCUGGUUUUUUUCUUAUCACAAGUGUAGAAGAGUAGGAAAAAUAGUCUGAAAGAAAAUAACUUUGGAAGAGCAGAAAUAAUUUAAAAAAAUUAGUAGUAUUAACAAAACCUUAAAAAACCUGAAAAUUAGAUAAAAUGCUUUAAAAUGCCUUCAGAGUUGUAAAAGAAAGUAGUUGAGAAUAUUAAUUUUUGGUGGAAAAAAAAUUUUAACCCUCUGCUGAUUAACUUGGAGCCUUGCUGGUGCAGUGGUUAAGCAUUUAGCUCCUAACCAAAAGGUCGGCAGUUUGAAUCCACCAGCCGCUCCUUGGAAACCCUAUGGGGCGGUUCUGCUCUGUCCUGUAGGGUCACUAUGAGUUGUAAUUGACUUGACGGCAAUGGGUUUGGUUUACUGAGCAACUUACUUUAGGCCAGAUUCUAUUUGGUCAGUUUUCUUUUGCCAGGACAGAUCACCUGUUGAAGCUCCUUUCUCCAACUGUCAAACAGUACUAUAUAUGCCUUUUUUCUCUCUUGUUUUCUUGUUCACUGAUAUAUCAAAACUUACUCUUUUGCAUCUCCCUAUUCUCCACUUUGUGAAGUUAUUACAGCACUGAUCCUUCAUAGUUUUCACCCAUGAAUCUACGGCAUGUCUCCAUCCCUCAACCUGUACCCAUUUCUUAAAGGUAUGCCAGCUGGUUUUGAACUGUGAAAGUAUGCCUUGAGUUGAAGAAGAAGUAGACAAACUUAGGUUUAUAGAUAACUAACUCAUGGGCAUGAAGGCAGUUUAUACUUUUUUUUUCAGGUGAAUAAAGACAUUCUGGCUCUUAGUUAACCAAGCAUCAAUACCUCAGUGUGACUUGAGGUGGAGUAUUCACAGUGUGUGUAAACAGUACCACUUGUAUCUAGCUGAGUUGGGGGAGGAGGGAGGAGUCCCCACGUAGGUUUUUAGGAAGUUCUGUAUUUUGAACAGAAUUCAGCCAUUAGUGGAAUUAAUGUUGUUGAUUGUUAGGAAGUACAUAUGGUCUAGAAUACAGCAUCCUAAAUCAAAUAAUAAUGGAGUGGAGUGAUAAAAAGAUCCUUUUCGCUUGAUGAGAAAAACCACACGAUCCUGUCUUGGUCUCAGAUAUUUGUAUUUAAGAGAUAGUUAACCUUCUCAUGUUUUAAAUGUUCCCAGAGCAACUUUUGGUUUAUUUAAUAAUCAAUUUGUUAUAUUUUAUAUUUUUGAAGUUUACUGAUCGGUGGCAAGUUUGAUUGUAGCAUAAUAUAUAAUGGGAAAAACAUUUUAACUGAGGAUUUUAUUUUGUUAGAAUAUAGGAAUACUAUAUUUGGGGCAGUAAAAUGUAUUUUAAUGUCUUGUUCUAGAUGCAAUAAAAAGUAAUCGGAAUAAAUGUAUUUGUAAUGAAGGGAAAAUAAGCAAGUUCAAGUUUUCUUUUACUAAGUAGCAAAAAAAAAAAAAAAAGAUUGGUGAUUUCAGAAGUUUUAGAAGUUAUGGGCCUUAGCUCUUACCUUACUUCUAAAUGAUAGAGUUCCUCCUAUAUUUUUUUUCUGCGUAUGAGAACGUGGUUAUUUAUUCCCUCUUAGAUAAUUGAUAUAAUUCUAACCAUGCUCCCUUUUUUUAGUUACUUUGUUUAAGUUGAAAUAUGAAGGAGAAGUUGGUCCUAUACAUUCCCUGGCUUCCAUAUAAUAAUUGAUAAUCACAAUAGUGACCCUUAAACAACAAGAAAAUACUAUAUACUGUAUACCCAAAUAUAGUGAGUUUUUUCCUAAAACAGUUUUUUUCCCAGAAAAGAGGGAGUUGCCUUACGUUUGAUUCUGUACAUAGACUCUUACUAUAAAUUUCUGUCACACUUUCUUUAUUUUGAAAAACAAAGUACUGUUUGAGACAGAGCCUGAAACUACUUAAGUUGAAGCUGAUUUUGCAAUGCAUAAAGAGAUCACUUGCUGGAAUCAGUAAAAAAGGAAUCAAAUAAAUGUAACAGAUACUUAGUAAUUUUUCAUAAGUGUAUGACCUCAAAAUUGUGCUAGAUAGUAUUGAAAACAGGCCUUUUUUAUUCCAUUCAACAAAUAUCACUUAAACAUAGUACAUUUGGUGAUUAGUUUAUAAAAGUCAUAAAUACACACUAAAAAAACAAACCAAACCUGUUGCCAUUGAGUCAGUUCUGACUCAUGGCAACCCAUGUAUGUCAGAGUAGAACUGCACUCCAUAGGGUUUUCAAUGGCUAUAAUCUUACGGAAGUAGAUCACCAGACUGUCCUUCCCUGGCGCCACUUAGUGGAUUGGAACUACCAACCUUUUGGCUAGUAGCUGAGCACAAACCAUUUGUGCCACCCAGGGACCCUAAAUGCACACUACAGGAGUGAAAAAGUCAACCAUUUCAGUAGUUAGACAGAUAGCAACUUGGGGUUUGGGAUAGAUUUGUAGUGAUAGCAUUUUCCACAUACUAAAGAAGUGCUGCAUGUCAAGCAACUUAGAUGGAAGUGAAGAUAAUUUGCUCUCAAAAGUGUAUCAGAUGACUCAAGAAGUGACUCCAGUGAUACGGAAUACACUGAUUUCAAAGAUGUGCAUAAAGAUUUUGAAUAAAAAUGUUUUGUGAAACAAAGUAGGAGAACAAUAUUUCUAAAUUAUUAGAAUUUAUUAAUAUUAUUUUAAAGCCAUAUGUAGAACUAAAUAUUAAUUUCAUAAGUAAGAAUUUGACUUUCAUCUCUAUCCCUAAAAGUUUAUUUUCAAGUUGACCAACAAACAUUGUUUUUUAUGUUCUUUAUUAGGAAAAUAGUGAAUAACUUUAUAUUUGGGAUUUCUUUCUGUUCAAACUGAUGUGGUAUUAAAUUGUAUUUAUUGUGCAUUUAAGGUGAAGAAGUAAAUAAUACAUUUUCAGAGUUCUGCGAAAAAGAUGUUUUGGCUUAAAGAAAAAAGCUUUAGUUAUCUGGAAAGAACUUUUAAAUUUUAUGAGACAAUUCAUUCCUUUAAUAAUUCUCAACAAAGAACACAUUAUAUACAGAUUACUAAAAGUAAUAUAAUUUGAUUACUCUUUUAGAAAAAAAAAAUUUUUUUUAAAUUAACACCUUAUAUGUUGGAUAGUUUGUCUGCCGAACAAAUGGCCAAGAAACAAAAACUUCUACUUUUCGAUCUUCACGCUUAUUUAGUUUUUAUGUUACUAUGUCAGUAGUGUUUUAUCUUUUAUUAAUUACAAAAAUUUCAGCUGUCCCUUUCCCACCAACACAUCGCUUGACUUCUGAAGAAGUAUUUGAUAUGGAUGGGAUACCCAGGGUUGAUGUUCUGAAGAACCAUUUAGUAAAAGAAGGUCGGGUAGAUGAAGAAAUUGCACUUAGAAUUAUCAAUGAGGGUGCUGCCAUCCUUCGGAGAGAGAAAACCAUGAUAGAAGUAGAAGCUCCAAUUACAGUGUGUGGUGACAUCCAUGGCCAAUUUUUUGAUCUGAUGAAACUUUUUGAAGUGGGAGGAUCACCUGCUAAUACACGAUACCUUUUUCUUGGUGAUUAUGUGGACAGAGGUUAUUUUAGUAUAGAGUGUGUCUUAUACUUAUGGGUCUUGAAGAUUCUCUACCCAAGCACAUUGUUUCUUCUGAGAGGCAACCAUGAAUGCAGACACCUUACUGAAUAUUUUACCUUUAAGCAGGAAUGUAAAAUUAAAUAUUCAGAAAGAGUCUAUGAAGCUUGUAUGGAAGCUUUUGAUAGCCUGCCUCUUGCUGCACUUUUAAACCAACAAUUUCUUUGUGUUCAUGGUGGACUUUCACCAGAAAUACACACACUGGAUGAUAUUAGGAGAUUAGAUAGAUUCAAAGAGCCACCUGCGUUUGGACCAAUGUGUGACUUGCUAUGGUCCGAUCCCUCUGAAGAUUUUGGAAAUGAAAAAUCACAGGAACAUUUUAGUCACAAUACGGUUCGAGGAUGUUCUUAUUUUUAUAACUAUCCAGCAGUGUGUGAAUUUUUGCAAAACAAUAAUUUGUUAUCGAUUAUUAGAGCUCAUGAAGCUCAAGAUGCAGGAAUGUACAGAAAAAGUCAAACUACAGGGUUCCCUUCAUUAAUAACAAUUUUUUCGGCACCUAAUUACUUAGAUGUCUACAAUAAUAAAGCUGCUGUAUUAAAGUAUGAAAAUAAUGUGAUGAAUAUUCGACAGUUUAAUUGUUCUCCACAUCCUUACUGGUUGCCUAAUUUUAUGGAUGUCUUCACGUGGUCUUUACCAUUUGUUGGAGAAAAAGUGACAGAAAUGUUGGUAAAUGUUCUGAGUAUUUGCUCUGAUGAUGAACUAAUGACCGAAGGUGAAGACCAAUUUGAUGUAGGUUCAGCUGCAGCCCGGAAAGAAAUCAUAAGAAACAAAAUUCGAGCAAUUGGCAAGAUGGCAAGGGUCUUCUCUGUUCUCAGGGAGGAGAGUGAAAGUGUGCUGACACUCAAGGGCCUGACUCCCACAGGGAUGUUGCCUAGUGGAGUGUUAGCUGGAGGACGACAGACCCUGCAAAGUGCCACAGUUGAGGCAAUUGAGGCUGAAAAAGCAAUACGAGGAUUCUCUCCACCACAUAGAAUCUGCAGUUUUGAAGAGGCAAAGGGUUUGGAUAGGAUCAAUGAGAGAAUGCCACCCCGGAAAGAUGCUGUACAGCAAGAUGGUUUCAAUUCUCUGAACACCGCACAUGCCACUGAGAACCACGGGACUGGCAACCAUAGUGCCCAGUGACCCACGGCUUCCCAGGGACUCUCACAUCUCGGGCCCCAAAUGGACAAAUCACCCGAGGAGCCGGAGGGGUCGGCCAAGUUGACUGUAAAUGUCACAGUCCCUCUGGAGAAACCAUUGUGCUUUUGAGACCCCAGCCCCUCCCUGGAUGGAGGCCUGAGGGCCCUGGGACAUGUAUUAUCUGAUAAGUUUGGGUCUUCGCUGCCAAGAUGGAGAGCAGAGAGCAAGGGGCUUGGGGCAAUUACCAGUGGAGGAAGUCUAUACCUCCAUUUAUGCUUGUGGUUCACACACUUAAGUUUACAAAUGAGAUUUCUUUUUCCCCUCAGUAGAAUUAGAUUUUGUUUUUCAACUAUGACUUCAAAUACAAUUCUAAGAGCUAAUGUGGACUUUUUUUUCUUUCCAUGAAAUGUCUUUAAAGGAUGAAUUAGCAUGGUCUUAAAAUACAUUUCUGAGGUUACUAAGCUGUAUUUUGAAUUAUGGGCAAAAUGCUAAGAAACCCAGUUGGCAUUUAUAGAAAAUGCUGACCUCAGGUCUAGAGUUCUUAAAUGUGGCUAAUUCUGUAACAUAGUGUUGGUAUUUUUCAAUUAUGAAUGCAUAACCUAUUUCUAGGCAGAACUCUCUUACUUGAACACAAAUCCAAAAACUAAUUUAGGAUCUUUUUUGCCCAGAUCUUUUGAAAUUUACAC